GGCCCGGCUGCUCCGGGCCGGGACUCUAGGGGCGGAAGGUUGUGGCGCUGGCCAUCCGGCUAGAGGAAGACUCUGAGCCCGCGGAUCCAGGCCCCGCCCGAGGCACUAGAGUGGCCAGCCCGUGGAAACCGAAGGGAGCACAGAGGGCGCUGGUCAGGCCCCAAGGGGCCCAUGGCAGGCAGAUGGCUGGAUCUGCUCUGGGCGCCUGGCUUCCUCUGUGUGGCUCUGAUACUGGAGACGGCAUCUGGGGCCGGAGACCCAUCCACAAAAGCCCAUGGACACAUCCAGUUUUCAGCCGGAGGUGUCAACCAGACUGCCAUGGCGGACUGCCGUGCCGUGUGUGGCCUCAACACAUCUGACCGCUGCGACUUUGUCAGGAGGAAUCCCGACUGCCACAGCGAGGGGGGCUACCUGGACUACCUCGAGGGCAUCUUCUGCUACUUCCCCUCCAACCUCCUCCCUCUGGCCAUCACCCUCUAUGUUUUCUGGCUCCUUUACCUCUUUCUGAUCCUGGGAGUCACCGCGGCCAAGUUCUUCUGCCCUAACCUGUCAGCCAUCUCCACCAGCCUCAAGCUCUCUCACAACGUGGCAGGUGUCACCUUCCUGGCCUUUGGAAAUGGCGCUCCAGACAUCUUCAGCGCUCUAGUGGCGUUCUCAGACCCACGCACUGCUGGCCUGGCCAUCGGGGCUCUGUUUGGUGCAGGAGUGCUGGUCACCACUGUGGUGGCUGGAGGCAUCACCAUCAUGCACCCCUUCAUGGCUGCCUCCAGGCCCUUCCUCAGGGACAUCACUUUCUAUAUGGUGGCCGUGUUCCUAACCUUCACCGCGCUCUAUCUCGGCAGGAUCACGCUGGCAUGGGCACUGGGUUACCUGGGCCUCUACGUGUUCUAUGUGGUCACAGUCAUCGUCUGCACUUGGGUCUACCAACGGCAGCGAAGCAGGUCUCUGAUCCACUCCAUAUCGGAGACACCAGAGUUGCUGUCUGAUUCAGAGGAGGACCAGAUAUCGUCCAACACCAACAGCUAUGACUAUGGAGAUGAAUACCGGCCUCUGUUGCUGGGUCAGGAGACCACUGCUCAGAUCCUGAUUCAAGCCCUGAAUCCCUUGGACUACAGAAAGUGGCGGACUCAGUCAGUACCCUUCAGGCUCCUGAAAGUAGCCAAGUUGCCUGUGGAGUUCUUGCUGCUGCUCACAGUACCCGUCGUGGACCCCGACAAAGAUGAUCGGAAUUGGAAACGGCCACUCAACUGUCUGCAGCUGGUCAUCAGCCCCCUGGUCCUGGUCCUGACACUGCAGUCAGGGGUCUAUGGCGUCUAUGAGAUUGGUGGCCUACUUCCUGUCUGGGUUGUGGUGGUGAUCGCGGGCACAGCCCUGGCUUCAGUGACCUUCUUUGCCACAUCUAACAAAGAACCUCCUAGGCUGCACCGGCUCUUUGCUUUCCUGGGUUUCCUGACCAGCGCCCUGUGGAUCAAUGCAGCUGCCACGGAGGUGGUGAACAUCUUGCGGUCCCUGGGUGUGGUCUUCCGUCUGAGCAACACCGUCCUAGGGCUGACCCUCCUGACCUGGGGGAACAGCAUUGGAGAUGCGUUCUCAGAUUUCACGCUGGCCCGCCAGGGAUACCCUCGGAUGGCCUUCGCUGCCUGUUUCGGCGGCAUCAUCUUCAACCUCCUAGUUGGUGUGGGGCUGGGCUGCUUGCUGCAGAUCGUCCAGAACCAUGCUGCGGAGGUGAAGCUGGAGCCAGACGGACUGCUGGUGUGGGUGCUGGCCAGUGCCCUGGGCCUCAGCCUGGUCUUCUCCCUGGUCUCCGUUCCGCUUCAGUGUUUCCAGCUCACCAAGGCCUAUGGCCUCUGUCUCCUCCUCUUCUAUUUCUGUUUCCUCAUCGUGGUCCUACUCACAGAAUUCGGGGUGAUUCACUUGAAGAAGGUCUGACUGAAGCUGCUUUGGCCUGGAGGUUUGGGGGGUGAUUCUGUUAGCCUUCUGAGGGGAGAACAGGAGUGGGACCCUCUGUGGUUCCCAUGUAGCUCCCAAGAAGGUAGUCUGUCACCGCCAGAGCUCUGCAUGGAUGGGAAUGUCCUGACUGCCGCCACCCAACAGCCUUAGUGUGAGAUCUGGAGGCUGGCUUUGCUGGGGACAAUCCCAGGUGGGAAUGACGGGAUCUGAAUGACAGCGAGGCUCUGGGGAGGGCAGCCCUGUGGCUCUGUCAAAGGCUCUUCCAGUCUCAGCGGGGUCAGCUGAAUCCUGCGCACCAGCAGGGUGGCCUGAACAGACUCCACACGCACGUGGAAACCAAAAUGGGUUUCUCAGGCUCCGUGUUAGGUCAGCUAGAGGAAAUAAUAGGUCAAGUUGACAGCAGCGGGCACUGCCCUUCCCGGUCGGUGGCUGCCGUGUUGGACUGUGGAUCUAAACACUUGUAGAACUUUGUGUUCCAAACUCUGGCUCCCCCAUCACAAAAACAGGAGCCAGCCUGGGCCCUGUGCCUACCUCAAGGGGAGCUGGGGUUGGUGGUUGAGGGAGUCUUGCAAGUGGUGUGACCAGCCUUUUAAAAAAAAAAGUGCCACUCAUUCCCUUACUGCCUUUGGCUGUAUCUAAGAGACUUGACUGUUGUUUGUUGUUCCCCAAAAUAAAAGACGAGUUAUUUCAAGUGUA